GUCACAGGGAGACACGGAGAGAAAAAGGGGUACGGUAUAGGCUGCAUCUUCAGCCAACGAGAGUUGGCAUUCCCAUGCAGAAGGAACAAAGAGGGGGGAAACGGGUGGAGGUGGGUGGGGGAGUAAAGCGCCGAAGAGUGAGGUGAGGCAGAGCUCAUUCAGUGGGAUCGUUGAGCUGCGGAGCUCCUCGGAUUUUACUAACAGAAAAUCCCUGUUUGGUCUGUGAAGCGCUCCUGUCUUGGAACGCAGUGCGCUCUGAAUCUCGCGGUGGCAGCCCCUCUCUGAAGCUGAUGAAAUAAGGUCCUGUACGGGGACAGCACCAAAAACUUUUUUUUCGCCGCGAUUUGCUGCAAAGUGCCAACAGUAUGCCUAAACAAGUGGAGGUGAGGAUGCACGAGAGUCACCUGGAGCCCAUUGAGGCCAGGCCCCAGUCGAAAUGUGCCCUAAUCUGCUCCAAAAUGUUCAAGAACCUUCUUCUCACUCUCACUGUCCUUGGUGUGAUCUUGGGGGCUGUAUCAGGGAUGCUGCUUCGUGUUGCUUCCCCAAUCCACCCAGACAUUGUCAUGGUGAUUGCUUUUCCUGGAGACAUCCUAAUGAGGAUGCUGAAGAUGUUGAUCCUGCCACUCAUUAUCUCCAGUUUAAUCACAGGUCUAGCCGGUCUUGAUGCCAAAUCUAGCGGUCGCCUGGGCACCAGAGCUAUGGUCUACUACAUGACAACCACAAUUAUUGCUGCUAUCCUGGGCGUUAUCCUGGUGUUAGUCAUCCACCCUGGCAACCCCAAACUGAAGGAGAAUCUUGGCGAGGGCGAGAAAAAUGAUGAUGUGUCUAGUCUGGAUGCCUUCUUUGAUCUGAUCAGGAACCUUUUCCCAGAGAAUCUUGUGCAGGCUUGUUUCCAACAGAUUCAGACAGUCACAAAGAAGGUGGAGGUGGUUAUUGAGGAGGAUGUCAAUGCCACCACUAUGGAGGGCCUAGUGGCUAACAUUACAAAGGAGCCUCAGUACAUCAUCAAAAAGUCACUGCAGUUCAAAAGUGGCAUGAAUGUUUUGGGUCUGAUUGGUUUCUUUAUUGCAUUUGGCAUCUGCAUGGGCAAGAUGGGAGAGAAGGCCAGGCUCAUGAUUGAAUUCUUCAAUAUCCUCAAUGAGAUUGUGAUGAAACUUGUCAUCAUGAUCAUGUGGUACUCUCCUUUUGGUAUUGCCUGUUUGAUUUGUGGCAAGAUCAUUUCCAUUAAGGAUCUGGAGGUCGUGGCUAGGCAGCUGGGCAUGUACAUGGUGACAGUGAUCAUUGGCCUCAUUAUCCACGGAGCAAUUUUCCUCCCCAGCAUUUACUUCGUUAUCACCAGGAAAAACCCCUUCACCUUCUUCCUGGGCAUCUUCCAGGCCUGGAUUACUGCUCUGGGGACAGCCUCCAGUGCUGGUACACUACCUGUCACCUUCCGUUGUCUGGAAGAGAAUUUGGGUAUUGACAAAAGAGUCACUCGUUUUGUGCUCCCAGUCGGUGCCACCAUCAACAUGGAUGGAACUGCUCUGUAUGAGGCUGUGGCUGCCAUUUUCAUUGCCCAGAUGAACGGUGUCAACCUUGACCCUGGUCAGAUUAUCACUGUCAGUCUGACAGCCACCUUGGCCAGUGUCGGGGCCGCCAGUAUUCCCAGUGCUGGCCUGGUGACUAUGUUGCUGAUCCUAACUGCUGUAGGCCUGCCAACCCAAGAUAUCAGUCUCCUGGUUGCUGUCGACUGGCUGCUUGAUCGAUUCAGGACCUCAGUGAACGUGGUGGGUGACUCCUACGGUGCAGGCAUCGUGUACCACAUGUCGAAGGCAGAGCUGGAUGAGCUGGAUGCACACACGGCAAAGUCGGAUGACAUUGAAAUGAUGACAAAGACCCAGUCUUAUUACGAUGACAUGAAGAACCAUCAUGAAAAUAAUUCCAACCAGUGCGUCUUAACCGCUACCGAUACCACAACUGCUAGCGCCACUGCUAACAAUUCUGUUGUAGUAGAUGAAUGCAAGGUAACCUCAGCCACUAAUGGCUCUGCUGCGGAGUGCACGCUUGUUGAGGAGGAACCAUGGAAACAUGAAUAAUGGCAG